UGAACCACAACAGGAACUUCUUCAGUCAGAUUCUUAACCCACUGAGCCACAGUGGGAACUCUGAUAAUCUGUGUCUCCCACGGAGCAGGUCUUUGUGACCUGGGUUAUAGAAAGAGUCAGGAGACACCACGCCGAAGUCAUGUGCCAUGUAGGAAAAAACGGAUCAAGUGGACUUCAUAAAAUCAACUUCUGUACUUCGAAAGACAUUUUUUUAAAAAAAGAGAUAAACCACAAAUAUCUGCAAAUAUUAUCUCUGAUAACCCAUAACCUAUAAAGUCCACCACCCAUAAUAUACACUUAGAACUCAGUGAGACACCUCAAUUAAAAAGGGGCAAAAGUCUGGAGCAGACCCUUCCCCCAAGAGGACCUAAGACCCUCAAUAAGCACGUGGGAAAAUGCCCAGUAUCCGCAGAAACACGGCACAGCUUAAAACAUCCGAACAGAACCCUGACCACACCAGAUCCUGGCGACACGGAACUGGGAUUCUCAGAGUUUGUGAAACGAUACAAUCAUUUUGGAAAACGGUCUUUUAAAAAUUAGAGGCUCUGGGAGCCAGCAAGCCCCCGCCUGAGAAUCCGCCCUAGAGGAGCGAAGCCCACGUCCCCCCAACUGUCCAGGGCAACGGUGCUCCCUGUGGACAGCCCCAAACGGAAGCUCGCCAGGUAUCCGUCAGCGGACGUGGCGAGGCCAGCAGAUGGGAUGGCAGCUGCGUCACCAGCAGGGACAUGGAUGUGCUGAGCGAGUGCGCCACAGGCACGAGCCCUGAAGACAUGCUGGGCGAGGCAGGUGGGGUCCGGAAGGCCCCCCGUCGGCUGCCAACGUUCUGCAGGUGACUGGUGCGGGCGGCUGCACGCGUUACCGAGGGUCGGGUGGAACAGCAUCAAAAGCAACAACCAUCGACAGGGAAAACACACAAACUCUGAAACAGACGUGCAAGAUCCUAACAUGGAAAGCUACAAAGACGCCCCAGAGACCCUGAGAGCCUGAGGAAAGGGGGCCCCUGUGCCCCGUCCACAGAUGGACACUCAAGCUGCAAGACAAUCAAAGUCGGACGGGUGUCUGCGCCCACCGCGCACACGGACCUGCACGGGGCCCCGCGUCCAGGAAGCUCUCGGAGGAGGAUCCGCUCUGCCUCCAGGGCCCAGGAGGUGCCCAGAAAGGAGCAGGCCGCAGUGGGCCCUGCCAACAGCCAAGGUGGUGCCGAGGGGCGCAGAGGAAGGGAAAGCCCAGGGAGGCGACCGUGCCCCCCGCUCGCUCCGAGGAGGCACCUGCGCGCGUGGGCGGCCCGCAGGUGCCCCGGAGGGCAGGGCUCUAAUGCCUUCACCAGGUGGCUUAGGAGGCCGUACUCACGUGCGUGGCUGUGGCGUGGCCGGCAGCUGCAGCUCCGAUUUGACCCCUUGCCUGGGAACAUCCAUGGGCCGCGGGUGUGACCCUAAAAAGACAAUAACCAACCAAACAAAACCACCACCCCAAGUCCCACGGACGGCAGCCAAACUGACAAUGAGCCGGAGACGGACACGCACCUGCCAGGACAGUCCCCUGGCCAAGGAGCCAGUGUCCCCACAGCCCCCAUCACUUGUGCUGACAAGAGGACAAUGACCGUCACUGUCACCCCCUUUGGACUGAAUACAGACCGGGCACCCGCGUGGUCCCAGGAGGGUGUGACCCCUAACUACCCGGGGGCUUGCCCUCGCCUGCCAGGAGGACACCCCCUGGUCCCAGGGGCUGCCCUCCCAGGACCCUCACGUGCACACGCAGCCCUGGGUGGCAGGGCACUUGGACAGAAGGCGGGGAGAGACGAUGGCAACGUGGCCCGAGGGCGCCCAGACCCCGCGCUUCCGUGGACAUGUGUCCAGGCUCCUUAAGGGAAUCUCAGGCGCCCCGUGCAGAGGCCAGCGCGGCUGCGGAGGGUCGGGGGCCAGGACACUGCCAGACUCGGGAAACCCAGCGCGCGCCUGGCCACUUACAGGCGGCUUCCAGCCCUAAACGCUCAAACGCGAGAAGGCGGCCUGCAAACUGCCCCUCCAGUCCAUGUGUGCCUGGCCCGCGGGGCCACCCAGGAGCUCUGCUGAGUCCGCGCUUUCCGCCGUGGAGACGUGUGUUUACCAUGUAAAUGGCUGGGUGUGGACUUUCUCCUGGUGGAUCUAUAAUUUCUCAGAAGAGAAGCUGAGAAACGACCUGGAAAGAAGUCAAAGCUCAAUAGAGGGAUGAGGACCAAGCUGGGCCCCUCGGCGCGGCUGCCGGGGCGCUGGGGAGGGGGCGCCCCGAGGCCCCCACCUCCUCCCUCUGCUUCCCCAGGUCAGGUCCGAGGGGCCUGACCCCACAACAGGCCUUGCCCUCCCUGACUCGGGUCCACCUUUUCAACCCCUUCCAGCCCCUCUGAGCGCAGGCCCAGUGCCCAGGGCGGGUGGAGGGCUGGGCAGGCCCCGCGGGCUGCCGGGCGGGCGGCCGGAGGGCGCCUCCUCCUGCAGGUCGGGAAGGGCUCUGACCUGCAGGCCCGGGGCCGUGGCCACGCCCCUUCCCCCAUCUGACCCCAGGCCACACGGGCACCUGUCCCAGGGCCUGGGCAGGGUGGGUGGCUGUGCCCCACAAACGCCCAGGAGGACAGCGUGGGGCCUGCCGCUGGUGGGGGCUGAGCUCAGGGCCGCUGGACCUGGCCCCCGAGGCCAGGCCAUGCCCCGCUCUCUUCCUGGGAGGACUCUGCGGGGACAGCAAACACGAGGUGGCCGGGCCCUGCCAAGCAUUCCUAGAAGAGGUUGGGGGAGGGGCAGCCGCCAGACACCAGCUGACCCCGGGGUCACAGGAGAAGCCAAGACUGGGCCAGGCCCCUGGACGCUGGGACAAGAACCCCACCCGGCAGGCAGUUAGGAAACGGGAGGAGGGGGAGGCCAGCACGCCGGGGAGGGGGCAGAGGCUUAACUCCCACGUGGCCGGGUGCUGGGCGGGGAGACCCCCGAGCUGCCCGAGGGGCCCCCGCCCACACGCGGGAGGCCAGCUGUGCCCCAGCUCCUCACGGGCUGCUCUGAGGGAGACCCCGGCCCGCCCACCCGCCCGUCCGGCCUGCAGCCCAGUGCUGCCCCGCCCAGCCCCGCAGGGGGACGUAAGAGGGGCCUGGAGGAGGGGCCGGGAGGAGGGGGACAGGCCCCUUGCGGCCCCUCCAUCUGCACCAGGCCCAUCUCGCCCCCCGAAGGCACUGCAGGGUGGAUGCCGCCCCCUGCCCGUGCCCUGCCGUCCGCACCGUGUGCCCUCAGUGCCGAGGCUGGCGGCCCGGCAGGAGGGGGUUAAGCGCGCUGGGGCCAGCAGGGCCGGGCUGACCGGUAAGGAGGGUGCUGGCCGCUGGCGGCGGCGGUGGGGAAAUCCAGAGGGCAGGAGCGGCCGGCCCAGCAGACGCGCCCAUUCGCCACCCGCCUGUGGCCCGCUCUGCACGAGGGAUGGCCCUAAGGAAAGGAGGCCACGCCCUGGCGGCGCUGCUGGUCUCCUGGGCGGCACUGGGCCCCUGCACCCUGGCGGGCACGGAGCCCGGGGUGCCAUCGGACACCGAGGGCCUGCCGUGCCCGGCUGCCUGCUCCUGCGGCCAUGACGACUACACGGACGAGCUCAGCGUCUUCUGCAGCUCCCGGAACCUCACGCGGCUGCCCGACGGCAUCCCAGACGCCGCCAGGGCCCUGUGGCUGGACGGCAACAACUUCUCCUCCGUCCCCGCGGGGGCUUUCCGCAACCUCUCCAGCCUGGGCUUCCUCAACCUGCAGGGCAGCGGCCUGGCCAGCCUGGAGCCGCAGGCGCUGCUGGGCCUGCAGAACCUGUACCACCUGCACCUGGAACGGAACCAGCUGCGCAGCCUGGCGGCCCACACCUUCCUGCACACGCCGGGCCUGGCCUCGCUUGGCCUCCACAACAACCUGCUCAGCCGGGUGGAGGAGGGCCUCUUCCAGGGCCUGACCAACCUCUGGGACCUCAACCUGGGCUGGAACAGCCUGGCUGUGCUGCCCGACACCGCGUUCCAGGGCCUGGCCAACCUGCGGGAGCUGGUGCUGGCCGGCAACAAGCUGGCCUACCUGCAGCCCGCGCUCUUCUGCGGCCUGGGCGAGCUGCGCGAGCUGGACCUGAGCAGAAACGCCCUGCGGAGCGUCAAGGCCAACGUCUUCGUCAAGCUGCCCAAGCUCCAGAAGCUGUACCUGGACCACAACCUGCUGGCCGCCGUGGCCCCGGGCGCCUUCCUGGGCAUGAAGGCCCUGCGCUGGCUGGACCUGUCCCACAACCGCGUGGGGGGCCUCCUGGAAGACACGUUCCCCGGCCUGCUGGGCCUGCACGUCCUGCGCCUGGCGCACAAUGCCCUCGCCAGCCUGCGGCCCCGCACCUUCAAGGACCUGCACUUCCUGGAGGAGCUGCAGCUCGGCCACAACCGCCUCCGGCAGCUGCCCGAGAAGGCCUUCGAGGGCCUGGGCCAGCUGGAGGUGCUCACGCUCAACGACAACCAGAUCCAGGAGAUCAAGGCGGGCGCCUUCUUGGGCCUCUUCAACGUGGCCGUCAUGAACCUGUCCGGCAACUGCCUGCGGAACCUGCCGGAGCAGGUCUUCCGGGGCCUGGGCAAGCUGCACAGCCUGCACCUGGAGCACAGCUGCCUGGGCCGCGUCGGCCUGCACACCUUCGCCGGCCUCUCGGGGCUGCGCCGGCUCUUCCUCAAGGACAACGGCCUCGAGGCCAUCGAUGAGCAGAGCCUGUGGGGGCUGGCGGAGCUCCUGGAGCUGGACCUCACCUCCAACCGGCUCACGCACCUGCCCGGCCGGCUCUUCCAGGGGCUCGGCAAGCUGGAGUACCUGCUCCUCUCCCGCAACCGGCUGUCGGCGCUGCCAGCGGACGCGCUGGGGCCCCUGCAGCGCACCUUCUGGCUGGACGUCUCGCACAACCGCCUGCAGGCACUGCCCGAGGCCGUGCUGGCACCGCUGGGGCGGCUGCGCUACCUCAGCCUCAGGAACAACUCGCUGCGGACCUUCGUGCCGCAGCCCCCGGGCCUGGAGCGCCUGUGGCUCGAGGGCAACCCCUGGGACUGUGGCUGCCCCCUCCGGGCCCUGAGGGCCCUCGCCCUGCAGCACCCGGGCGUCGUGCCCCGCUUCGUGCGGGCCGUGGCGGAGGGGGAUGACGACCGGCAGCCUCCCGCCUACGCCUACAACAACAUCACCUGCGCCAGCCCCCCGGCCGUGUCCGGCCUGGACCUGCGCGACCUCAGCGAGGCCCACUUUGCCCACUGCUGACCCGUGUGCUCAGGGGACCUGCUGGGUCCCGCCCCCAGUGGACCCCAGCCUGGGGCUGGGCCCGGGCCCUGUGGUGUGGCCCCCAGCCGGGUCCCAGAGGGCCAGCCCUCCCCACCCUUCCCCGAUUAAAAGCAACCUAAUGAA